AGUAAAAGUAGUUGCCCAUGAAUUUCCUAUUAUGUUUGACUGACAUUUCAAAAUUGUGUUUUCAUCUUGCUUACAAGUUUUUUGGCACCGGAAGGAAAGACGGGGAUUUUAUACAAGCACUUUUUGGCCAAUAAAUGGUGACGAGCCGAGGCUCCGACAGCGAAGACCUCAGACCUCCGUCUAAUUCGAAUCAGACUUUCAAGCUGGAAUCAGCGCCAUGAAUUGCUUUGCAUAUGCGGUUGAGUUUGCCCACGACGAGAACCUCUUGAAGAGUCAUGCGAAUGUGUCUCACCUGUCUGAAUUCCUGGCCUUGCUCACCCUGGAGACCGCCAAAGAAGACGAUGAGGACUUCCAUAUUUUUCAAGAGAAGCUACUGCAACUCAAGCGAGAGGCUGACCGACUAGACUCAAAAUUGAAUUCACCCGAUUAUUACACCCAGAAGGAGGAAUUAAUCUUCAAGGUCGUAUGCGAAAUUAAGGGUAUUGACCAUGAAAAGUGGCUCAGGGACGAACAGGGAUUUGACUACGACGCUUCGCUCGGCGAUUUUCUGGAGGACGAGUUUGUCUGCGAUGAAGUUUGACAAAUCGACACUUGAAUUUAAGCUCAUAGCUCGAAGCUUUUAUUAAUUUUAAUAAACAUUUAUAUUUAAUAAUCAA